CAAACAAAACCAUUUUCAACUGUUCAAAUAAAAACUACUACAGUACUUUCCAACAUUUCUUUAGAAAAAUCGUGUGAGAAGAAAAAAAAAAAUUGGCGAUGGGAUUAAAGCCAAAAAGAAAAAUGAAAUUAAUGUGAGAGAAGAAGAAGUAGAGAAGAAGAAGCAUAGUGAUCUGUUCGAGUCCCAAACACUUGUUUCUUCCCGAGACGGCGUCCAAUGGCCGUGGCUCCGUCGGAUUUUCAAUCGACUCUCUGGGACUCUGUUACGUCUCUUAUUAGGUCAGCCCAGGAGAAGAACGUCGAUCCGCUUCACUGGGCUAUUCAGCUUCGCUUGACCCUCGCCUCUUCUGAAAUCUCCCUUCCCUCUCCGGACAUCGCUCAAUUCCUCGUCUCCCACAUCUUCUGGGAAAAUCACACUCCUCUUUCAUGGAAGCUUCUCGAAAAAGCUAUUUCCGUCAAUAUUGUCCCUCCCCUACUUGUCCUCGCUCUUCUCUCCCCAAGGGUGAUCGCAAAUAGAAAGCUUCAUCCGGCAGCCUAUAGGCUUUAUAUGGAACUUAUCAAGAGAUAUGCAUUCUCAUUCAUGCCUCAAAUCAGAGGACCAGGAUAUCAAAAGACAAUGAAUUCCAUUGAUGAUAUCCUCCAUCUUUCUGAAACCUUUGGAGUUCAAGAUCAAGAACCUGGAAGUAUUCUUCUUGCAUUUGUCUUCUCCAUUGUCUGGCAGCUAGUUGAUGCAUCCCUAGACGAGGAAGGGCUUUUAGAACUGACAUCUAGUAAGAGGUCUAAAUGGCAAAGCAGGCCACACGACAUGGAAAUAGACGGGCUGGAUAAUCCUGUGAAGAGAAAUGAGAACCAUGAUGUACUAGAGAAAGCAAACACUGAAAUGGCUAUCGAGCUUAUCCAAGAAUUUUUGCAAAAUAAAGUAACAUCAAGGAUUCUUCACUUGGCAAGUCAAAACUUGCCAACACACUGGGAAGAUUUCAGUCAGCGGUUUAGAGUGCUGGCAACCAAAUCAUUGACAGUGAGGAAUUCAAAACAUAUUAAUCCAGAAGCCCUUACACAGCUGGCAUAUCAUACACGUAAAUUUCUUGCAAGGGAGAGCAAGACCAUCCCUCGAGGAGAGUUUCAUGCGAUUGUAUCCUCUGGCUCUAAGUUAGCUUUGACUAGUCAGCAUCAUGGGACUAGUGAGUCUGCACUUUGGUUGCCCAUUGAUCUUUUCUUCGAAGAUAUAAUGGAUGGGACACAAGCUGCAGCAGCCAGCGCGGUUGAAAAUCUAACCGGUCUUGUGAAAGCAUUGCAGGCAGCUAACAGUACAACAUGGCAUGAUGCCUUUCUAGCUCUAUGGUUAGCAGCCUUACGCCUUGUGCAGAGGGAAAGAGAUCCUAUUGAGGGUCCUGUGCCUCGCACCGACACUUUUCUUUGUGUAUUACUGUCCGUCACUCCACUUGCAGUUGCUAAUAUUAUUGAAGAAGAAGAAAGUCAGUGGAUUGAUCAAAGCUCAUCUAGCCCAAGCAACCAGUGGAAAGACAAAAAAGGAAAAUGCCGACAAGGAUUAGUCAAUAGCUUACAACAACUUGGUGAUUAUGAAAGCUUGCUGACACCACCUCGUUCCGUACAGUCCGUUGCCAAUCAAGCUGCAGCUAAAGCAGUUAUGUUCGUUUCUGGCAGUACAAAUGGAAAUGGAUCCUAUGAAGAUACAGGCAUGAGCGAAUCUCCAAGUGGUUGCUCUGGUAACAUGCGCCAUCUGAUAGUGGAAGCUUGUAUCACCAGAAAUUUGUUGGACACAUCUGCAUAUCUCUGGCCAGGCUUUGUAACUGGGGGAAUUAAUCAAGUUCCUCAAGGUAUUACCGGUGAUAUUUCUUGUUGGUCUCUAGUGAUGAAGGGUUCUCCUCUAACACCGUCAUUGACAAAUUCACUAAUCACAACUCCAGCUUCUAGCUUAGCAGAGAUCGAAAAGAUGUACGAGGUUGCAACUACUGGUUCAGAAGAUGAGAAGAUAGCUGUGGCUUCUAUUCUCUGUGGAGCAUCUCUAUUUCGUGGUUGGAGCAUACAGGAGCAUGUCAUUAUCUUUAUUGUAACUUUACUCUCGCCUCCGGCUCCAACUGAUAUUUCUGGGAGUUAUAGCCAUUUAAUCAGUUCUGCACCGUUUCUUAAUGUUCUUCUUGUCGGGAUAUCACCCAUAGAUUGUGUUCAGAUUUUCUCAUUGCACGGUGUGGUUCCAUUGCUUGCUGGUGCCUUAAUGCCAAUUUGUGAAGCAUUUGGCUCUGGUAUUCCGAACAUUACAUGGACUCUCCCAACUGGCGAAGUAAUCUCCUCUCAUGCUGUUUUCUCCACUGCAUUUUCACUUCUUCUAAGGUUAUGGAGAUUUGAUCACCCACCACUAGAUUACGUCUUGGGAGAUGUUCCGCCGGUGGGCCCUCAACCAAGCCCCGAGUAUCUUUUGUUAGUGAGAAAUUGCCGUCUGAAAUGUUUUGGAAAGUCCCCAAAGGAUCGCAUGGCACGUCGAAGAUUUUCGAAAAUGAUAGAUAUCUCUGUCGAUCCCAUCUUCAUGGAUUCAUUCCCCAGACUGAAACAGUGGUAUCGGCAGCAUCAGGAAUGUAUGGCUUCAAUUCUCUCUGAAUUAAAGACAGGAAGUCCAGUGCAUCACAUUGUUGAUUCCCUCCUUAGCAUGAUGUUCAAGAAGGCAAAUAAAGGUGGUAGUCAGUCACUGACUCCAUCUUCAGGGAGCAGUAGUUUAUCUACUUCGGGGGUGGAUGACUCUUCUGAUCAACUCAAGUUACCUGCAUGGGAUAUCUUGGAAGCGGCCCCGUUUGUGCUUGAUGCUGCUCUUACUGCCUGUGCUCAUGGAUCACUUUCUCCCCGGGAAUUAGCAACAGGUCUUAAAAUCUUGGCUGAUUUUCUGCCAGCAACACUAGGAACCAUGGUUAGCUACUUUUCUUCGGAAGUAACACGAGGUCUGUGGAAGCCCGUUUCCAUGAAUGGAACUGACUGGCCUAGUCCUGCAGCAAAUUUAGUAAGUGUUGAGCAACAGAUAGAGAAGAUCUUAGCAGCUACUGGUGUUGACGUCCCAAGGCUUCCAGCAGAUGGAAUCUCUGCGGCUACACUUCCCUUGCCUCUCGCUGCACUAGUCAGCCUCACUAUAACCUACAAGCUCGACAAAGCAACAGAGCGCUUCCUUGUACUUGUGGGACCUGCCUUGGACUCCCUUGCUGCUGCUUGCCCCUGGCCCUGCAUGCCGAUUGUGACCUCGCUGUGGACCCAGAAAGUGAAGCGCUGGAGUGACUUUCUUAUCUUCUCAGCCUCCAGGACUGUAUUCCACCACAACAGCGAUGCUGUUAUUCAGCUCCUCAGAAGCUGCUUUACUUGCACCCUUGGUCUGACACCUACCUCCCAACUCUGCAGUUACGGGGGAGUGGGCGCACUCCUUGGCCAUGGUUUUGGCUCUCGCUACUCUGGUGGAAUCUCCACAGCUGCCCCAGGAAUCUUGUACAUAAAAGUGCACAGAUCAAUCAGAGAUGUAAUGUUCCUGACAGAAGAAAUCCUCUCGCUUCUGAUGUUCUCUGUGAAGAGCAUUGCCACCAGGGAUCUACCAGCGGAGCAAGCAGAGAAAUUGAAGAAAACGAAAGAUGGGUCAAAGUAUGGGAUUGGGCAGGUUUCACUUUCUCUGGCAAUGACACGUGUUAAGCUGGCAGCUUCGCUGGGAGCCUCUCUUGUGUGGAUCUCCGGUGGCCUCAAUUUGGUUCAGGCUCUGAUCAAGGAGACAUUACCAUCUUGGUUCAUCUCGGUUCACGGAGGAGAAGAAGACGAUUUGGGAGGUAUGGUUCCGAUGCUAAGAGGCUAUGCUUUGGCAUACUUUGCAAUCCUGAGCAGUGCAUUUGCUUGGGGAAUCGACUCCUCAUCUCCUGCCUCAAAACGCCGGCCAAGGGUUCUGUGGCUGCAUUUGGAUUUUUUGGUGAGUGCCUUGGAAGGGAAGAUAUCACUGGGCUGUGAUUGGGCCACAUGGCAAGCUUACGUGACUGGCUUUGUGAGCCUGAUGGUGCAAUGCACGCCGGCUUGGGUGCUAGAGGUGGAUGUUGAAGUAAUUAAGAGGCUAAGCAAAAGUCUGCGGCAGUGGAACGAGCAAGACUUAGCUCUUGCUCUACUAUGUGCCGGCGGCCUUGGGACUAUGGGUGCAGCGACUGAACUCAUCGUGGAGACCUGCCAUCAACUUUAGCUUUAGGUCUUUCAACUUUAUUUUUUCGACUAAUAUCUAAUCUGUGACGAUCACUUUUAUUCCUCAGAUUAGUUCUGUCUAUAUUAUGUAUUUUAUAAUUUAGAGAGACAUCAUAAUUCACAAGCAACAGCUUCAAUUGGAACCAGUAAAAUGAAAAUGAGGGAAUAGAAGAAAUAAGUUUUGGGAAACAAAGA